CUGGUCCGCCUUUGGUGCCGCUGGUGUGGCACCAAUAACGAAACCAACAACCAAGUCUAUCACGACAACAUUCACAAAAUUCCCAAUCCACCAGCAGGCAGCAGCAUCACCAAGCAGAGCAGCUGCUGGCCAUGGCCGAAUCAGCUCGUGUGCGGGACGCCAUGAGCGUGAGCGCCGACGACCGCGCGCGGGUGGACGCGCUCUCCGCCGCCGCGUCCGCGUCCCUGACCUCGUCGUCCGACCACCUGUCGCCGAGCUUCUUCGAGGGGUUCGCGCUGCGCGGGAUCCGCGUCGUCCGCAUCCAGCCGGGCCUCAUCCACUGCUCCUACACCGUCCCUCCAUGCCUCACCGACUCCACCACCGGCUGCCUCGCCGCCGGCGCCGUCGUGGCCCUGGUGGACGAGGUCGGCUCCGCCGCCGCCAUCUCCGACGCCCAGAACCUCAAGGUCUCCGUCGACAUGUCCGUCGCAUUCGCCGACCUCUCCCAGGCGCGUCCGGGAGACAACCUCAGCAUCACGGCGACGGCGCUCGGGCACAAGGGAGCCUACUCCGGCACGAGCGUCCUCCUCACCAACGCCCACACCGGCAACGUCGUCGCCGAGGGCAGGCACUCCCUCUUCGGCAACAUGAAGAAAACACCGCCCAAGACGGCCGCUGCUCACAGGAGCAACUUGUGAUUC